AUGUUCGUGUUAUUCUUGGGUAUUGUUACUGUUAGUUUAGUAUCUGCCGCUCCAACAUACAAUUGGAAAACACGAGCUGAUGCUACGGAUGCCGCCGAUACUGGUGGUAACACUAAUGGAAUAGGCAGUAGUGAUGUAUAUAAGCAAUUAGAUGCUCGUUUGCAAGUAAUCCUUAAUAAACUCAAUCCGAAAGAUCAACAAGAAUUAGAAUCAAUUAUUCAAGAUUUAAUUGCCCAAUAUACAAUUGACUUGCUCACAAUAAUAACACAAGAGUUGGGAAUUAGUGGAAUUGAUCUUAGUUCUUUAUCAUCCAGCAGUAGACGAAGAAGUUAUGCUGGUGCUAGUGAACGUCGAAAUAUUUUCAAUAAUGAUGGUGAUUUGAAAGAAAGAUUAUGGCAGCUUGCAGAUGAGCGUCGUCGUAGUUUCAACAGCCGUGUUAAGAGGUCUCAGUAA